AUGAGAUCAGAAGAAGAUAAAAUUUUCAACUAUGAGUGGGUUAAGAAUCCAGAAAAUCAAUGUAAAAAUGAUGAUUAUGUAUUUGAAAGUUUAGGAGAAACAAGCAAUAAUGUAGUCACCAAUAGUUUAAUCCAAGAUGUAGAUAAUGAUGAAGGUGAUAAUGAAAGUUUUUGUGAUCUAACUCAAGAUAUAGAUAAUGAUGAAGGUGAUCAUGAAAGUUUUUGUAAUCUGACUUAA